AUGAGAUCGCAGCAGAACUACGCCGUUUUUUUCUGUGACACUGAAAAUUUUGGAACGGAGUCGAAGACAAAAGGAAUGUCAGACGACGAUCGACAAGCCAUCGCAAUUUUAGAAGCUGGAACAAAGAAGCUGGACGUAGGCUACGAGGUUGCCAUCACCUGGAAGACGGGGGAGCCAGCUUUAGUUUGCAACAAGCAGAUGACUCAACAACGACUCGGUGGUCUACUUCGGCGUUUCAGCAGAGAGCCAGCGUUCGAGAAGGAUUACCGCGCUGCCGUUCGGAAAACUAUCGACAAAGGAUACGCCUCUGUGUUAUCUGAAGAGGAAGCGGAGUCCGCCAAAUACUUUCUCGCGCAUCACGGCGUUUACAAAGGCCCUAAGUUACGUGUCGUCUUUGAUGCCGCAGCCCCCUUCCAGGGAAAGUGUUUGAAUGACGCCAUACUCAGUGGUCCCGCUCUCCAGCCUCCUCUUCCAUCCGUUUUAAUCCAGUUCCGUGAGGGAGCCAUAGCCUGGGCUUCAGAUGUGGAAGCGAUGUUUAGCCGUUUUAGGCUUAAUCUCUCCGACGCAAACUAUUUUUGCUUUUUGUGGCAAGAGUCCCCACCGAAGACUGUCGUUUGCCGGAUGGAUCGGUUGCCGUUUGGCGCUACUUGUUCUCCCUUCAUCGCCAUACAAACCACCCGCCGUGCAGUUUCUGAUGCCGGAGUAGGAGAAAAAGCGGUCGAAGCAGUUCAAAGAAGAAUGUAUGUUGACGAUUAUUUGGGAUCCGCAAAGAGUGCCGACGAAGGCGUAGCAGAAGCGUCCACCGUAAGAAAAGCUCUGGCCGGAGCCGACCUUCACUUUCAAGAUUGGAUCUCCAAUUCAGCAGAAUUCGUAGCAGCCAUGCAGGAAGAAAAGAAGCCAAUUCCGCAAAUCUCCAGUCUUUCCGCGGACAGCGAAAGUACGAAGGUGCUCGGUGCGGUGUGGAACACCACCUCAGACGCUCUAGGCUUCCAGAUAAAUCGCUCGACGGAGGAAGAAUACACACGGCUCAGUUUGACUAGCCACGUCGCCGGAAUAUUCGAUCCGCUAGGGUUAGCGGCUCCUAUCAUCAUAAAGGCAAAGGUCCGCCUUCGCGAUUUGGUCGUCAAAGGGCUAAAAUGGUCCGACCCUGUAGAAGGAGCUGAUCGAGCGUGGUGGGAGUCAUGGUUCCAGAUCGUCCAAGAAUUGGCCCAUGUGUCCAUCGAACGCUGUUUAUUUCCAGAAGAGGACGAUAUCGUCGAGUCUCAGCUACACACGUUUGGAGAUGCCUCAGAGGAGGCCUACGCUACGGUGGUGUACAUCCGCAACCAGUACCGCUGCGGUAAAAUCAUUAUCAGAAUUGUGAAGGCAAGCAGUAAGUUGGCCCCAAAGAAGAGUCUGUCGGUGCCAAAAUUGGAGCUAAACGCCGCCCUAUUGUCCGCCCGUGUUGCUGCCACCGUCCAGAACUGUCUCACCCAUUCCAUCGACCGCAGAUAUUUCUGGACGGACUCCAGUACUGUCCGUAAUUGGAUAAGAGCAACCGCCUCGUUUUACCAAAUCUUCGUCGCCAACCGAGUCGGAGAGAUCCAGACGUUAACAGAGAGCGACGAAUGGCGUUUUAUUCCCGGCAAACUCAACCCCGCUGACGCUGCGACCCAUUCCGCCAUCGGAGAAGAGGUAUGGCCAAAGAUCUGGCAAGAUAGCCCGGAAUUUCUACUACAACCUGAAUCAACCUGGCCCACAGAUCUGCCGUGGAUGGCCACGACGGUCGAAAUCAAAGCCAUCAAAUUAUAUUCCGUCCAGUCCAAUCCGGAUCCGUUUGGUUGGUCAGCAGUCGGUUUGGACUGUUCUAACCUUUCAUCUUUCUUUAAAUUAGAAGGGGAAACGAAGAACCUCCUCAAACGAUGUCAAUCAGAAGCUUUUCCGGAAGACAUCGCCAGACUUAAACGAGGAAAGCCACUUCGUUCCUCUUCCCAUCUACUGGUUUUAAGCCCGACGCUAGACGAAGAUGGAAUCUUACGUCUCGGCGGCCGGAUUGAUAGAGCGAAGCUGCCGUACGAUGCCCGUCACCCUCCGUUACUGCCCAGCAAGCACCCGCUCACGGAGAAAAUAGUCGAAGUCGUGCACGGUCAGAUGCAUCACGCCGGAACCGACUAUUUAUUCGCCAAAUUGUGUCAGCAUUUUUGGAUCAUUCGCGGGCGAGAGCUGGUCAAGAAGGUGCGUAGAAUGUGCCCAACGUGCAUCAAGGAGAGGGCGGUUCCAGCCGCUCAACUGAUGGGCAAUCUACCAGCCGUGCGACUUGAUUCCUAUUCUCCCCCUUUCUUCCACACUGCAGUUGACUAUUUCGGUCCUAUAGAGACAAGUCCCGGCCGGAACAGAGUGACAAAGCGGUACGGUGCCCUCUUCACUUGUCUGGCGACAAGAGCGGUACAUUUGGAAUUAGCCGAAUCAUUGUCAUCUGAAGAUUUUCUGCUGGUCUUUCGUCGAUUCAUCGGCCUUUUUGGCAAACCUGCCACCGUCCACUCCGAUAAUGGGACGAAUUUCGUCGGAGCGGAACGAGAGUUGAACGAUCUUGUUGAUCAACUCGAAAAGGACCCGAGGCUGUCGCAGUUCCGAAAAGAAAAGGUGAUUGAUUGGUACUUCCAGCCUCCACGAGCACCACACUUCGGCGGAGCUCACGAAAGUUUGGUCCGUUCUACAAAACGUGCCCUGUACCAAGCCUUAGAUCUGGAGAAGAAAGCUUUACGCUACCCCACGGACGAGAUGCUUCGGACUCUAUUUGCCGAAAUAGCCGGAUUCCUCAAUUCUCGCCCUUUGACCUACGCUAGUUCGGAUCCGGAGGACUUUCGGCCCUUAACGCCGAAUGACUUUUUGAAUCGCCCACCUACUUUCGAUCUGCUGCCCGGCAAAUUCAGUGACGCCUUGCCCCGAGAACGGUUCCGUUACGUUCAGAAGAUGGCCCAGUUAUUCUGGGAUUUAUGGACUAAAUUGUAUCUUCCGACACUAGUCCCGCGAAAGAAAUGGCAAUCGGCUCAAGAGAACCUUACCGUCGGUGACGUCGUCCUCCUGCUGGAUCCUAACCUACCGCGUGGUCUCUGGAAAAUCGGCCACGUCAAUCAAGUUUAUCCGGGAGGCGAUGGACUAGUACGCGUCGUCAAGGUGAAAACGGAGGACGGCGAGUACACCCGAACGAUUCACCGCCUAAGUCUCCUCGAGAAAGCUGUCGUAGCCGAUGUUCAUCCGGAAGAACCUCAUCCAUCUUUAUCAAAAUAGUCUCGUCAUUUCAUUAUCGUUCUUUUCUCUCUUUAAUUUUCUCAUCUGUUCCUUCUUUACUCAUCUUGUCGCCGGAUGUAACAGAUUCGGGGGGAGAAUGUUGCGGCGAGAAAAGCACAUUUCAAAUCUCUGCAAUUUGGCAACGCCUAACUUUACUUCAAGUGCGAUUCUUACCCCUUCCUUACCGAGUCUUUGCGUGAAUCCGUCUGCUAGCCUUCUUGCGACGUUAAGACCACGCUCGUUUCACUGUUGAAACGAGAUAGUUACUGUCACGAUUAUUAUACCUUUCUCUGUUUCGUGAAGCCAUUUAUUCAGUUUUUUGGCUCGUUUUUCUGUCCUGAACUGUCAGUUCAAACCUCAUUCUGAGUGCUUUUUGCUUGUCUACCAUUGGCUUCAUAUCUGUAUUCCCUGUCUGUGUGUGUAUUGGUCUGGGUGGCCACUCACAUUUUCUCGUGUCAUCCCAGACAUCACACGUAUGUCAUUUCACUGUAUGUCAGCACAGUUUGAGUCCCACACAUUCUUUCAUUUGUGUCGUGCAUGACCCAGCAACUGGCGAAUAAAUUACAGGGGCUGCUUACAACAGACCCCAGAAGGAACUUUGAAGGCUCCCAAUUCUUAGCGUCGAAACAUUUCUGUUUAUAGCCAAAUCACAAUCACAAAGGAACAAGUUGAUGCAAUUUGCUCUCUAACAAGAAACCAAAGCAGUAGCAAAUAUUGGCAACGCUACAGAGGAUUUCGAGUUACAGCCUCUAUAUUUAAACAAGUUACCAAAACUAGUAUUGAACGCAUUUCACCUUCGUUGUUAAAACAAUGUUGCUAUUCCAGUGCAUACAACUUCUCAACAGACGCCACAAGAUGGGGAAUACAAAAAGAAUCGAUUGCUAUUGACUCGUUCAAGCAGAUGUUGUUAUUGAAAAACACCCACGCUGGACUGACCAUAACACGUACUGGUGUUUACCUGUCUAUUACACACCCCUUUUUGGCUGCUUCACCUGAUGGUAUAGUACACUGUGAGUGCCAUGGAACGUCUGUACUUGAAGUGAAAUGCCCCUUCAACUAUCGAAAUUAUACUAUCUUCGCUGCUACACAAGUCAAAACAUUCCCAUUGCAGUUUCAUGCCUUGACAAAACAGUACUAUCUGUGCAAAUCACACGAAUAUUACUAUCAAGUGCAGCUACAAAUGUACGUAACGGGUUACCAUUCAUGUUACUUUGUCGUCUACACUUCUGUGGAUCUUAUCUUCGUCCAAGUAGCAUACGACUCUCUGCUGAUUGAACAGAGCAUUCCUCUAGUCCACAAAUAUUUCAUUCAUGUCAUAAUGCCAGAGGCCCUUGCUGGGUACCAUUACUUAAAAUCUGCUUUUGUACCCACUGCCGAAGUUCUGCCGCAAAACUCAUUUUUGCCGUGUUUUUGUCAAACUAAUGAACCCAUAAUUGUUACUACCGUUGUUUGCGCCAAUGUAAAUUGCAUGAGGAAAAUCUUUCAUUUGAAAUGCAUUCAUGAUAAACCAAACUCCCCUCUUCGAGUUACAUGCUUGUGGAAAUGUGAUAUAUGUAAAAAAAGUGCGCGAAUUGCAGCUAUGUCCGAAAAAAGGAAAAAAUCUUCAAAUGAUACACACAACGGUAAAAGACUUCCUCUAGCAAACAUAACCAAUGUUACCAUGUAAUAAUCAAACAUACAGUUUGUACUCUGUGAUUCAGAAGUGUACUACUAUUUAAAACAGAAGAACUAAAUAAAUGCUGUUGUUAAUUGUA